UCGGGGCCGCGCACCGCCGCCCCGGACCCGCAGAGGAGCCGCGUGCCUCCGCCGAGGCCCGACGCCGGCUCGAAGCCCGAGGCGGCGCCGCCGCCGGUGCCCAGCACGCCCCGGCCCAUCGCCUCCAGCCUGCACAACCGGGGCUCGCCGCCGGUGCCGGGGCUGAGCCGGCAGCCCAGCUUGGGGCCCUCGCCCCCGCCCUUCCCGGGCAGCCGGGGCUCGGGCUCGGCCGCGCCCCUCCGGCAGCCGGGCCCCGGCGCGGCGUCCCCCUUCUCG